AUGCUCGCUGUUGUGAUUAUUCCAAUUGUCCUUGGUGCGCUGUUAUAUCUGUUCUUCGUCACAGGGAGACGAGAAAAGAACCUGCCUCCAGGGCCGCCGACCUUGCCUGUGCUUGGUAACCUUCAUCAAAUUCCCAGCAAAGGCUCAUACUUGAAAUUCACGGAAUGGGCUAAGAAAUAUGGAGGUCUCUACUCCCUGAAGCUUGGAACCGGAACCGCAGUUGUCGUCACCGACCGACGCAUCAUCAAAGAGCUGCUCGACAAGAAGAGUGCGAAAUACAGCGACAGACCGCACUCGUAUGUGUCGGACGAUCUCAUGACCAAGGGAGAUCACCUCUUGGUCAUGCAAUAUGGACAACAAUGGCGGUCGUUCCGGAAGAUCAUCCAUCAACACUUUAUGGAGUCUAUGGUUGAGAAGAAUCAUAUCGAGGUCCAGAAUGCCGAGGCAGUGCAGAUGCUUCGUGAUAUGUGUGCGCGGCCCGACCAACAUAUGUAUCACCCCAAGCGGUUCAGUAAUAGUAUCAUCAUGAGUUUGGUUUUCGGCUUCAGAACACCUUCAGUGGAUACUCCCCAUAUGACCCGUCUUUACGACAUGAUGGAAAACUGGUCCAAGAUCAUGGAAGCCGGUGCUACCCCUCCCGUCGAUAUCUACCCAUUCCUCCACUACGUGCCGCAGAAGUUCUUUGGCAACUGGCUGUCCAGAUCGAAAGAUGUGGGCAGUGAGAUGAACGGGCUAUAUGGCGGAACUCUUGAUCGUGUUCGAGAGCGCCGCAAGUUGAAGGGCAAGAGAGACUCACUUAUGGACAACCUGCUGGAUCAGGAAGAUAAGUUGAACCUUACUAACCAUCAACUCUACUUCCUCGGUGGUGUGUUGAUGGAGGGCGGCUCGGAUACCAGCAGCUCUAUCAUCAUCUCAUUCAUCCAUGCCAUGACCAAAUUUGGUGACGUGUUGAAGAAGGCGCAAGCGGAGAUGGACAGCGUGGUCGGCGAAGAUAGAACUCCUGUCUGGUCUGAUUAUGACAAACUCCCUUAUGUCGCGACCAUCGUCAAAGAAGCCCAGAGAUGGCGAGCCGUUGUUCCUCUUGCAUUCCCUCACGCAGCUGCGGAAGACGACUGGAUUGACGGCUACCUCAUCCCCAAAGGCACCGUCGUCAUCAUCAACGGCUGGGGUAUGCACCAUGACGAGAAGCGCUUCCCAAACCCCGAUGUCUUUGACCCCGAUCAUUACAAAGGCCGAACUACUCUUGCCCCCGAGCUUGCAGCUGCAGCAGACUACGAGACUCGUGACCACUAUGGCUACGGCGCUGGCCGUAGAAUCUGUCCGGGUAUCCACCUGGCUGAACGGAAUCUUUUCUUGGCCAUUGCCAAGUUGGUGUGGGGAUUUUCAAUUGGGCCUGGUUUGGAUGAGAAUGGUAACCCGGUUGAAUAUGACUAUAGCCCCGAGACUGGGUACAGUGAGGGCUUCUUGGUUUGUGCGAAGGACUUCCCUUGCGAGAUCAAGGUCAGGUCGGAAGCUCGACGCGCGACGAUUAUGAGGGAAUUCGAGAUUGCACAGAGGGAUGUGUUUUCACGAUUCGACGUUUGA